AACUUCUCAUUCAGCGACAUGGCUGACCGCUUCCCUUCUCUGGAGGACUUCUCUGAAGGCCAAACCGAGGUUGUUGAUAACACUGGCGUCGGCCAGGACGACUUUCUGGCCCGUGAGCGCGCCGCUCUGGGUGAAGACGCCGACCAAUUCGCGACCCCUCAAGACCACGCCGCCGACGGCAAUGAUGACCUGCUUGGUGGUGGAAGCAAUGAUACUCCCGCGGAGGACCUAGGCGGAUUCGAGUCCUCAUUCCCAUCAGUGGAGACCCAGAACCAGAAUGAGCGGGUUGCCCCUGGCGGUACCAUCACAGGCACUGGAUCUCCUUUCCCUCCCACCGGAUACCCCAGUACUCAGGAGCCCGAGACAGAGGCGGAGCCCGUCCGUGAAUGGCGCGAGAAGCGUGACGCCGAGAUCGCCCGCCGCGCAGAGAUCUCGAACGAGAAAAAGGAGGCUACCGUCAAGAAGGCCCAGGAGGACGUCGAUGAUUUUUACGUCUCAUACAACAACAAGGCCGACAAGCACCGUGCCCAGACCAAGACCGAAGCCGAACAAUUCCUCACCAACCGCGAGGACACCUCUGCCGGUGGUACCAGCUGGGAGCGCAUUGCCAAGCUGGUCGAUGUCUCCGGUAAGGGCUCUGUCGGCGGUGGCAGCGGCUCUGGUAAGGAGCGCUUCCGCGAGUUGCUCGUCGAUCUGCGGAAAGACCAGGAAGCUCCAGGCGCCAGCGGGAUCUAG